CAGCAUUGGCCAACGCGCGUACCUUCACUCGCGCCAGAUUUUCGUUUCGCCGCGAUUCGUUGGUUUCGCGCCAAGGGGCAUUUUAGAAAAGGAACAAUGCAAUUAGCGCUUUUUGCAGUUGUCAUGUUGUCAUGUUGAUUGUGCUGUAGUGCCCUGUCCGUGUUGCUUCUGCGUGCGAUUUGGCAUCACCACGUUGACACAUCGUAAUACUAAUCAGCUGAUGGUCAACUUAGCUCGCCGUAGAUCUGCAGUUCAAGCAGCUUCAACGAUUCUUGCGUCGUGUGACGUGCUACUUUCUCCCAGGUCGGCGCUUGUUCCUGACGUCUUAACUUGAUUUUCACUGUACAUAAGAACGCACAUCGCAUCUUUUCCUCCAGUAACGUGUGCGACGCUUCAGGAGAAAUGCCCCUCCUAAAGAUAUGGAAUGCAGACUGCAGUGUGAAAAAAAUGGCACAAGCAAGCACACUUGUAGAAGUGCUAGCACAGGCAGAGGAGAAAGGAAUUUGCAAGUCGGAAAAUGCAAAGGUUUUUUUGAAAGACUGGACUCUUCUUGAAGAAGAUGUCUUUCAAGAUGUAUUGAAGGAGCUCCCUCUGGAUGACAGGAUCUUUAUAGUUGCUGAAGUUAUACCACCAGUGGAGCAUGAUUCUUCAGGUAUCUCGCAAGCCGACUGCGUGACAAUUUUUGAAGAAGAAGUGAGCACACCCCAGCUCAACUUUCAUUUUGAGAGGCUGCCAAGAAGUGUUCAAGUCGCAUUAGAGGCACCUCAGGCACUUCCUCCCGGAGAAAGGAGAGAUCUUGUAAGGUGCAUUGCGCAUGACAUGAUGCAGGUUUCACCACGGCCUAGGAGAGAGUUCAUCCGCAGUGUUGCUGAUACCGUGGUAAAGCGGUUUCCUGCUUGCCUUCAGGACCGCACAGUCAGUGGCAAGGUGUUUGGUCGAGGAUAUGAUUCCCUGUUCCAGCAACUUGAGAACAGAGUAGAGAAUUUGGGCCGUGUGAAACAGCAGGAAUUGCCAUCAUGCGUGAAGACCAAGAAGUACUCAUAUGGCUGUGCCAAUUGGCAGCCAGUGUGCUUGCAACCAGUCGAAACCGUAGCUGAAAAAAUCCAGUUUCUUAAAGGGGAGGCCCAGAAGACACUGCGAGACAUAGAUGUACCCUUGGCACAGACCUGUAUGGAUGCAACCUACAGUGAACAACGAAGGUUCAUAAAUUCUGAUGCACCAGUCCAUAGCAUGGCAGAAGUCAGAGAGGAGUGGCCAUUGCUCUUCCACAAGUACUUUUUCUACAAGCAUGCCUGUCAGCUCCUUGGCAAAAAUAUGAGGGGUAUAUUUGAGGAGAACCUGUCUGGCGUUGCGCCUUUGUUCAUAAAACACUUGGACACUUUAACUGCACCAAGGAAAGAACUUGUGCAGUGGAUGGUUAAGGUGGAACUUCAGCAGGGGAAAGGAAACCAGCAUGCAAAAGAAGAAGCCACCAUUCCACUAUUGGCUGCCUACUUCAAGGAUGAUCCAGAUGAUCUGUUUCGUGUUCUUGAAGAAGGUACAAGCAUCACGGAAGUGAUGGACGAGUUUCCAUCUACACCAGUUGUGGUUUCAUUAGCUAAGACACUAAUGUUCAAAGUCUCGGCAGAACAGUUUCAGCGUCAGCAGGGAGCACAUCGGAAGGCUACAAAUCCUAGCCCUCCCGGCACCCGCUUGCAGGCAUGCCCCAGCGCAGUCUGA